AAACAAUUCACUUGCUAAUUAAUCGAUGGCCAAGAUCGCGCUGGGAAGCAGGAAGGAGGUGGAGGACCCGGAGUUUCCCCGCUCCGUCUUUACCGAGCUCCUCCUCACCUUCCUCUUCGUCUUUACCGGCGUCGGCGCCGCCAUGUCUGCCGAGGACAUGUCCGGAGGACAGGGGUCCAUCAUGGGGCUGACGGCGGCGGCGGCCACCAACGCGAUGCUGGUGGCGGUCAUGGUGGCAGUCGGCAUGGACUACUCCGCCGGACACCUGAACCCAGCGGUCACGAUCGGAUUCGCGGCCGGUGGCUACGUCACCGUCUUACGGUGCAUCCUCUACGUCGUGGCUCAGCUGCUCGGCUCCGCCGCCGCCUGCUUCCUCCUCAAGUACAUCGCCGGAGCACAUGACUUGCCGGUGCAUGCUUUGGGAUCAGGGAUACGCCCGCUCCAGGGCCUGCUCAUGGAGCUCGUGCUCACCUUCUCCAUGGUCAUCUCGGUCUACGCCAUCGUGAUGGAGCCCAAGACGGGAGUCGUCUCCAGCAACGCGCCUCUGCUCGUCGGGCUCAUCGUGGGGGCCAACACCUUGGCAGGCGGCUACUUCUCCGGCGCCUCCAUGAACCCAGCCAGGUCCUUCGGCCCGGCUCUGGCCAGCUGGAAUUGGUCCGAUCACUGGAUUUAUUGGGCCGGACCGCUUGUCGGAAGCGCGCUCGCCGGCUUCCUCUACGACCGCCUCUACAUCACGCGGAGUCGCAACGACACCGCGCUCCUCCUCCCGGCCGACGAAGAAAGAAGCCUUCUGUUUUAGAAUUUAGCGGCUCUAAUGCAGCUACAAAGGCGAAAUCGUCAAGUUGACGGGUUAAAGAAUUUAGCAGCUUUGAGUAGAUUAGAAAUCAGGCUGUAAAUGUAAAUAUAAAUAUAAAUAUAAAUAUAAAUAUAAAUAUUGGCUUGCAAUUUAUUUUAGUUAUUUCAUGUAAUUUUGAGAAAUGGAAUUUGCACAAUAAUGCCUAUAGUGUUUC